GUUUCCGGGCCGGUUAUCCGAGCCCGGAAUCGUGACGGGGCGUUUGCUCGCCCGCCCGCUCGCCCGCCUUUCGUGGUUGCCCGCACGGCGAAGAAGGCGGCGGAAAGAGGGCGCGAGCCAUGGUGCUGCUGGAAAGCGAGCAGUUUUUGACAGAGCUAACAAGACUUUUUCAGAAAUGCAGGACUACAGGCAGCAUCUAUAUAACAUUAAAGAAAUACGAUGGCAGGACAAGACCCAUUCCACGCAAGGGCCACGUUGAAGGAUUUGAGCCGGUAGACAACAAAUGUCUUCUUAGAGCAACAGAUGGGAAGAAAAAGAUAAGCACAGUGGUGAGUUCAAAGGAAGUCAACAAAUUCCAGAUGGCCUAUUCAAAUUUGCUCAGAGCUAAUAUGGAUGGCUUAAAGAAGAAAGACAAGAAAAGCAAGAAUAAGAAAAGCAAAGCGACACAGUGAUGGAGCAAAUGUUUCCAUAUAUAUGAUGGACCCAAAUUAUAGCACGUGCCCUCUUUUCUUUAUGUUAUCCUUUGACUUCCCUUCCAUGUGAUAAUUAGAAUGUAAGCAACUUGUUAAAACAAAGUACUCUGGAUUGUGAUAUGCAGAAGUAAGUGACCCCAAGGCAUGUAUAUUGCACCUGCUCAUUUUUGUAUCUGGUUUCAUUUUUUGAGACAGUUAUUAUUGGGAAAAAAUGAGCAUUUGAGAAAUAGUACAAAAAUAAAGAAUUAAUAUUUGA